GGGUCUGAGAAAGUGGGGGCAGAAGCUGUGUCUGGCUGUGAAGAUGGCAAGAAGCAGUCCCUGAAGCAGCCCAAGAAUGUGGCCAAGGAAGAUAAGGCAUUCAAGCAGAAACAGAAAGAGCUGCAGAAGAAACUCAAGGAGCUAAAAGCAAAGGCCAUGGGGGAGGGACCCCUGGCCACAGGUGGAAUUAAGAAAUCUGGCAAAAAACUGUUCCUUGUGCCUGAGGCAAUGGUGAUCCUUAAUUCCAUUCUCGUUUAA